GAGAAGUCCGAUCGACACAUCAGCAUAUACAGCCAUUUGAGAUCAUGUCCAUGUGGAAAAUGAGCGAUGCCCUUAGGCAUCAGAUAUACAAGUAUGCGAAGCUUCCGCAGACUGGAGUGUCACUUCGACAAAUGGUCCAGUUUGGGCCAAGGCCUUCGCCGGGAACCCUCUUCCAUGCCUCAUACUUUGCCGUGCACGAGCUUCCAAUCCGGUUGAGUCAUAGGGUGAGAGAGCUCGAGAACUUGCCAUUGGGGUUGAGCGAAGACCCUUCCAUCAGGCUCGUGCGAGACUGGUAUGCGCAGAGUUUUGAAGAGUUGAUGUCGGUUGAAGAGCCGGAGCUCAGUGACGAGUUCAGAGACAUGUUGCUGAAGAACAAAAAGGACGACUUCAUGUGGGAAGGGGAAGACAGCAAUGUAAAGAGAAACUACAAUAGAAACAGUUUUGUUUUCGAGGACGAUGGAGUGAUCAUUCGGAAAAGCAAUCGACACGACGAAGAUUCCUUUGCAGAAAUUGAGAACAGUGCAGAGCCAGACCUCUUCUUGAAUUGUGACAACAACGUCAACAGUACAGAGAAUGAGGAGUUUGAGAAACCCCUUGGAUUGAAGACCUAUUUCCAGCACGCUCCUAACGAUAUCAUAUACCCGAAGGAAGUGACCGACUACAACAAGUUGGUGACAAACAUAUUAGUGAAAAUCAAAAAGAGGCACGACGCCACGGUUGCUACGUUGGCAAGAGGGGUGCAGAAUUGGAAGCAGAAAAACAACUACAAGUACUUGAACAGUCCAAUCAACCAGUUUUUGGACAGAUUCUACAUGAGCAGAAUUGGAAUAAGAAUGCUUAUUGGCCAGACGAUUACAAUCAACCAGCAGUCGCAGAAAAAUAUGCAGAACGACGACUACGUUGGUAUCAUUUGCCUCCACUGCAACAUCAAGGAGAUCAUCCGGGACGCAAUCGAUGCAGCCAGGUUUGCGUGUGAGGAGCACUUUGACGUCAUGGAAGUGCCAAAAGUGAAGCUAUACUGCCCAUCCGACUUGACGUUCAGGUACGUGCCUGGCCAUUUGGUCCACAUGUUGUUUGAGACGUUGAAAAACAGUUUGCGAGCAACCAUUGAGCACCACAGCAAGCUGAAUCCAGGCAUUGACUUGGACGACAUCAAAUACCCUCCCAUCAAGAUCAUCGUUGCCAAGGGAGACGAGGACAUUACAAUCAAGAUUUCAGACGAGGGUGGCGGGAUCCCACGGUCUGCGGUGCCUUUGAUCUGGACCUAUUUCUACACCUCUGCGGAAAAGCAAAUCAAGGAGGACGAUUUGCAGGAUUUCCACAACAGUCACAAGGUCCCCUUCAUGGGACUCGGGGUGGGGCUCCCACACUCCCGUUUGUACGCUAGAUAUUUUUCCGGAGACCUAAAGUUGAUCAGCAUGGAGGGUUAUGGGACAGACGUGUAUCUCCAUCUCAACCGUCUUAGUAGCUCCACCGAGCCAUUGCAGUAAUCUCUCGGAGAUAUAGCUCAUAGAAGUAGCAUUUGUCUGUACUCUGUCUGUAUAUUGUGAAAAAUGGUGAAACGGACGAUCGCCCCA